UAGAGGAAGAGCCUGAUGUGGGGCUCUAUCCCAUAAUGCCGGGAUCACGCCCUGAGCCAAAGGCAGACGCUUAACCGUUGUGCCACCCAGGCGCCCCUCAAGUAUUUUCUUAGCAUUCAUCCUGUCCUGUGCAUGUGCCAGCUUUCUAAAUUCCCUAGUAUACAUAGGUGCUUUUGAAUGCUAUAAUUUCCCAAAGAAAUUUUCUGUGGCUUUUCCUUCUGGGUAUCAGGCAGUCUGUUGUAUGUCCUAACCAUAAUCUUUUGCCCCAGGCUUUGGUAUUUUUUAUUCUUAACAGCGUUUUAAGCAAUCCUCACUGCUUUUCUGCCUGAAUGGGUUCUGAGCUAGGCAAAACAGAGAUGAGUGCUUUGCAUCAGUCCUUCCUGUAGCCCCCAGACAGAUUAAAACAGACAACCCAGUAAUUUGUCAUUUCUACUCUGCUCCAUAUGCAACCAGGGACAAGGUUCCCAUGCUAGGAAUAUAUAUGCGCUGCUAACUUUAAGACUGCUACCAUGUCAAGGGAUGGUGAAGAAAGGGGUGGAAGCUCUGAGAGAAGCGGCGACUGCCGUCGAGCAAGAGAAAGAAGUCCUCCUGGAAAUGAUCCACAGCAUCCAGAACAGCCAGGACAUGAGGCAGAUCAGCGACGGAGAAAGAGAAGAGUUAAAUCUGACAGCAAACCGUUUGAUGGGACGAACCCUCACUGUCGAAGUUUCAGUAGAAACGAUCAGAAACCCCCAGCAGGAAGAAUCCCUAAAGCAUGCCACCAGGAUUAUUGAUGAGGUGGUCAGUAAGUUUCUGGAUGAUUUGGGAAAUGCCAAGAGUCACUUGAUGUCACUGUACAGUGCGUGUUCAUCCGAGGUGCCGCCUGGGCCUGUUGACCAGAAGUUUCAGUCCAUAGUCAUUGGCUGUGCUCUUGAAGAUCAGAAGAAAAUUAAGAGAAGAUUAGAGACUCUGCUUAGAAAUAUUGAAAACUCUGACAAGGCCAUCAAGCUGUUAGAGCAUUCUAAAGGAGCCGGUUCCAAAACUCUGCAACAAAAUGCUGAAGGCAAAUUUAAUUAGUUUUGGAACAUAGGAGCACUUACAAAUAAUGACAGAAAAACGAUUAAACAUUAGUUCUUUGUGUUAGGCUUAACAUUUGAUACUGAUUGUUGUUUCACAAGAGGAAAAGAUACCUGUGUCAUCAGUUUUGUGAAUAACAUAAUUAAAACUAGAAAUAUUUUAAUGCUCUUUCUAGAAGUUUUUAGAUUGAAUUCUUGUCUUGUAUUAGGCUCUAGCACCUAAUAUAUAUAUAUAUAUAUAUUUUUUUUUUUUUUUUAACUAUUCUGUGGAUGAAUACUUAGUAUGUAGGAGAGAGUAACUGCUCAGCCUGGGCCAAAAGCAUUAUUCUUUCCUGGGCUUUGUCUGGCAUGGAGAUACUUGGGCACAUGGGGCAUUUCGUAGACUAGAAAUUCUUGACCUUAAGCAGCACACAAACUUACCACUCAUCUGCUGUUAACUAGUAGCGUACUUAAAAGGACAAAAGGAAUCACAAAAUAAGAACCUUUCCCCACUUCUUCUUUUUCAUAAAGCACUUUUUUUGGACAUCUGUAUCAAAUUAUUUUGAAUUUAAGAUUUAUGCAUCUGAUAAUAUGAAUAUAUUUCUUGAUAUACACUGAAAACGUGACAUAAAGUGUGAGAGAAUUCACAUCUCAUAUUAUUGUCAACAGCUAUAUGUCCACUUCAUCUUUUCCCAAACACAUCAUUUCUCUAAAUUUUUAAUCAUUACAGAAAUACAGUGUUGUAACUUGCCUCUUUUUUAAAAUGCUGCUAGAAAGUCUAAUUGUCAACUUUAAAACCUCUAUUCUGUGUAGGUGUAUAAUUUACUUCCCCAUUCCCCUUACUAAACAUUUAGGUUGUUUCCAAUUUCUUGCUUAUUCCUGCAACAUAUCUAUAUACAGAGACUUUUUCCUUCUUUCUUUUGUUUUUGAUUUUCUUUGUAUAAAUUCCCAGUAGUGGGAUUUACUGGGUCAAAGGGUAUAUACAUUUUCAUGGCCUGACCUAUUUCCAAAUUUUUUUGUAUGAGAGUGACAUCAAUUUGUACAAUCUUCAGUAAUUAAAAUGUAGCUGUUUCACUAGAAGCUUUCCAAAGCUGAGCAUUAUUUUUUCUAACAUUAGAUCUGAAACACCUUAAUUUCAUUUGCAUUUUAUGUACUAACAGGGUUGACCAAUGCAUUGAUUAUUAUAUCUGUGAUAAGUGAAGCAACUAGAGAACACUUUUAUUUGUUUGAAGUAACUAGUGCUGUUGACACACAAACACCUCAACUCCCCCUCAAAUACCACUUCACAAUGGAUACAUCAAACUCAGUUUCCAUGAGACUGUAGGUAUUCUUUCACACUGUGGGGAAAAGCCAAGAUCCAGAUUGGCUUUAUAUAUUUAGAUCUCUCAAUGCAAACAAUAUUGAGCUUCAUUUUCCAGGCAAAAAUGUCAAAUUAGUCUCUCUUCAUAAAAAGCAAUUACAAUCUGAGAACAUUAUGGCUUUGAUUACCGUUGCUAAGCCUGCCUCAUUAAAAUCUUUCCGUUUCUUGGGAAACAUUCAUUCCCAUUGAUAA